GUAUAUCUAUCACGACACAUGUGACAGAGGAGCCUGGAAUCCAUGAGGUGUAUUUGAGGAUUCAAAGGAACAGAGGUACAGACUCCAGUCAGUUUUUAAACGGAACCACCAGCUGAAUACAAGGGAGCACAUGGAUUGGGCUGUGUACCUGUACCUGCUCUACAGCGUGUGUGCUGUCACUGCAGUCCAAGGAAACUGUCCAGCGAAAUGCCACUGUGAAGAAAUGAAACACUCAAAGUUGAAUCAAAUCCAGUGCCAGGGUGAGAAUAUCACAGACUUCCCCAGUCCCAUUCCAGUCAACACCACCUACAUUUAUAUUGCAUACACGAAAAUACCCUCUUUAAAGCCCGGUGACUUUGACAGCUGUGCCCAAACUCUAAAAAAUGUAAAUAUCAGCUAUUCUGGUAUAACAGAGAUAUUGGAUGGUACUUUCAACAACACACACGGCCUGGUAGUCCUGAGUAUAAGAGGGAGCAAACUGAAGGGCCUACCUGGGCAGCUUUUCAAAAACUUGAGAGACCUGGAGAGACUCCUGCUGGACAGGAAUAACAUCACAGGCAUUUCACGAGAGACUUUCAGGGGUCUGAUCCAGCUUAAAUUCCUCGACCUGGCCCAAAACGCCCUCAGAAUCAUCCCGGAGCACAGCUUUGAUGACCUGGAGAAUCUGGAGGAGCUGUACCUCUCCCAGAACUGCCUGAAAGUUCUGCCCGUGGGGAUCUUUUCUGACCUCACAGCCCUCACCAAACUGUCCCUUUCUGAAAACUGCCUGCAGACCCUGUCAGUUGGAGUCUUUGAACACAUGCCUCUUCAGGAGCUCUGGCUCUGUGACAACCAGCUCUCCUCCCUGGAAGACGACGUGUUCCAAAACCUGGCCCAGCUCCACCUGCUGGUUCUGAGCCGGAACCGGAUAAAUUCAGUCUCUGUCCACGCGUUCCGGGGCCUGUCAGCGCUGACGGAGUUGUCCCUGCACACCAAUGAGCUUCAGACCCUCCAGGAGGGCACAUUCAGCAGGUUGACCUUGCUGGCCAACAUCUCCCUGCAGCUGAACAACCUUGAGUACCUCCCUGGGAAGCUCUUCCAUGACCUGCCUGCCCUCAGGCGCCUGGACCUCCACAACAACUCUCUACCCAACCUGCCCCAAGAGCUCUUGAAUUCCCUAGACAGGGCUGAUGAGGUGCUCCUCUACCAUAACCCCUGGCAUUGUGACAAGGAUAUAGGUCCUCUCAAAGACUGGUGCCGCAUCAAUUCACACAAAGUGUCCUUUCAGUGUCCUUACAGUGUCAUUGCAUGCAAUCUCCCUAUUUUUAUUACAGAAACUGUGGAGGAUGUGAUUGAGGAUAAGAUUAAGGAUAUGGUUCUUAUUAUUCUGGCGUUAGCCUGCACUUCCAUCAUUACCAUCAUUGUUGGGAUCAUCUUCUUCUGCAGAAGCAGGGAGGAGAAGGCAUCUAACCUCCCAGCCCAAGAUUCAGAAAAUGAUGUUCACAUGGAAUGAAAGAUUCACCAUCAGCCCAGUUCUCAGUUAACGAUCAGGACAGAAUUAGCAUAUGCCAACAUUAUGUGUAUGUCUGUGUGUGUGUGCAUGCCUCUGUAUGUGUAUGUGUGUGUGUGUGUGUGUGUGUGUGUGUGUGUGUGGUAGACUUAUUUUCUCUACCAUUUCACAAUGUCCCGUAGCAGUAUGUAUAUGGUACUAAGGUAUGAGAUUUAAUCAACCUUUUUCAUAGCCAGACAGCCAAACAAAUCUCGCUGUAUUGAGCAUGCCAUGCUGCUACUGUAUCCCAUCACUUACUGUACAUAAUGCUGUGUGUUCAUACAAAGUGAAUUUGAGAUUUUUAAAAAACUUUUUAUGAAAAUAAAAAUAAUACCAACAAUAAGGGGGUUGUGGCAGAGCUGUACAUUUUAAGAUGAAAUACAUGUAUGUAAAAAUGAAAAUCAUCUUAUGGCAUACAAGUCAUUAGUAUUAUUAUUUUUUCAAAAAAAAGGUGCAACCUUUACACUUAUAAAUGCUAUGCUUCAUUUAAGGCACACAAAAUGGGAAACAUGUACAUUGGCAUGCUAUUAUAAUGCUUUUAGUUUAAACCAAUAUGUCAAUAACAUACAGUACUGUGCAAAAGUCUGAGGCACCUGUAUAACAUUCUGUAUAGAUAAGAUUCUUUCAAAAAUAAUACAAUGAAAGGUCCUAAAUAAACGUACUGCCAUUAUAUUUUAUUAAUAUUAAACAGCCUAGAUCAAGUUUUUAUGUUAAAAGUAGUCAAUUGCUUACAGUAAUAUGCUUGAAUCUUUUGGAAAAUGAAUAUUUGGAAAUCUCAAUGUGUUCUUUUAUACUAACACACACAAAAAAAUAAACAUAUAUAUAAUAAAGUCUAGAGUGCCUAAGACUUCUACACAGUCCUAUAUGUCAACAUUAAUAUCUAAAGUCUGUAUUUGCAUGUAUACAAACCAGUUUUAUAAUAAAUCAAAGGGGUGUUUUUUCAUAUAA